ACCAUGGAAGCCAUCGGUUUGGUCACGUGGUGGCCCUGGUUACGCCCGGUGGCUGCUGUGGGGUCUGGGGCUCAGGCAGGGGCCAUUUUGCCGAAGGCAGCCUCCCAGACUCGGGGGUGGCUUGGCAGCUAACUGAAGCUCUUUCUUUUCCUCCUCUGCAGCUUGGGGCUUGGAGAGGAACUGGAAGGCUGGGCUCCACCGAGCCCUUCAGAGAUGAUGGUUUCCUCUAGUCUCUGCCACCUGACGACCCUCCAUGGCGGUUGUGCCCUCUGCGCCCCUCCUGCUGCCGCAACUUCCAGCCCUCUGUGCGUAUCGCCUCCAGAGCUGCAGUCGUUCUUCCGCCCCAGAGACUGAUGAUAGUCGAGGUGGGGGCGCCAUGAGAGGCGAGAAAAACUAUUGCCGUGGAGCUGCCGGAGACCACGCUUCCUGCCCGCCGACACCUUCGCCUCUGGCCUCGACCUUCUUAAUGCCCGCGGAGGCGAUCACAAGUAGUUGGUCUGGGUCUGGAGGUGGUUUGUCUGCGGGAGACGAAGAGGAGACUCGGCUUCUCCAACUCCUCCGGACCGCGCCAGAUCCUUCCGAGGCCUUCCAGGCUUUGCAGGCUGCUUUGCCGCGGCGGGGCGGUCGACUCGGCUUUCCCCGACGGAAGGAAGCGUUGUAUCGGGCCCUGGGCCGAGUGCUUUUGGAAGGAGGUAGUGAUGAGAAGCGACUCUGCUUGCAACUCCUCUUGGACGUUCUCCGGGGUCAGGGGGAGGCAGGCCAGCUGGAAGAGGCCUUUAGCUUAGCACUUCUGCCUCAACUAGUUGUCUCCUUACGGGAAGAGAAGCCAGCCCUACGGAAAGAUGCGCUGCAGAUCCUCCAUAUAUGUCUGAAACGUAGUUCUGGACAGGUGCUGAGAACACUUAUACAACAAGGACUAGAAAGUACGGAUGCCCGGCUUCGAGCUGCCACAGCACUGCUGUUCCCGAUCUUGCUUACUCCUGAGGAUUUGUUGCUCAGUCUAGAUCUUACCGAGGUAAUAAUAGCCCUAGCCAGAAAGCUUGGAGAACAGGAGAUAGAAGAAGAAUCUGAGACUGCUUUCUCUGCACUGCAGCAAAUUGGAGAACGACUUGGCCAAGAGAGAUUUCAGUCCUACAUCUCUCGCCUGCCAUCUGCCCUGAGGAGACACUACAAUCGCCGCCUAGAGUCCCAGUUUGGAAGUCAGGUUCCUUAUUAUUUGGAACUGGAAGCCUCUGGAUUUCCUGAAGAUCCUGUCCCCGGUGCAGUGACUCUUUCUAACAGCAAUCUUAAAUUUGGGAUUAUUCCUCAAGAGCUGCAUUCAAGACUGUUAGAUCAGGAAGACUAUAAGAACCGGACUCAGGCCGUUGAGGAAUUAAAACAGGUGAUGGGAAGAUUUAACCCUAGCUCCACCCCUCAUUCCAGUCUUGUCGGUUUCAUUAGCUUGCUGUAUAAUUUGUUAGAUGAUUCCAACUUUAAAGUGGUUCAUGGCACACUCCAGGUCCUGCAUUUACUGGUUAUUCGCCUUGGAGAGCAGGUACAACAGUUCUUAGGACCAGUUAUAGCAGCUUCUGUCAAAGUGCUGGCAGACAACAAGUUGGUAAUCAAACAAGAAUACAUGAAAAUCUUCCUCAAGCUAAUGAAGGAAGUAGGUCCUCAACAGGUGCUUUGUUUACUCCUGGAACAUCUCAAACAUAAGCAUUCCAGAGUGAGAGAGGAGGUAGUGAACAUUUGCAUCUGCUCUCUACUGACCUAUCCCAGCGAGGAUUUUGACUUACCCAAACUGUCUUUUAGUCUUGCCCCAGCUCUUGUGGAUAGCAAACGCAGGGUACGCCAAGCAGCUCUUGAAGCCUUUGCUGUGUUGGCAUCGUCAAUGGGCUCAGGUAAAACCAGCAUCCUUUUCAAAGCUGUGGAUACUGUUGAACUGCAGGAUAAUGGAGAUGGAGUGAUGAAUGCUGUGCAGGCCAGACUGGCUAGGAAAACCCUCCCCAGGUUAACAGAACAGGGAUUUGUGGAAUAUGCAAUUCUUAUGCCAUCAUCUGCCCAGGGUAGGUCAAGCCAUCUGGCACAUGGAGCAGAUACAGACUGGCUUUUGGCUGGUAACAGAACUCAGAGUGCACACUGUCACUGUGGUGACAACACGCGGGACAACAUGCAAAUUUAUGGAUCUUACAGUCCAACUAUCUGUACCCGAAGGGUAUUAAGUGCAGGAAAAGGAAAAAAUAAAUUGCCAUGGGAAAAUGAGCAGCCUGGAGUCAUGGGAGAAAAUCAGACCUCCAAUUCUAAGGAUAUAGAACAGCUGCCAGAUGUGUACUUUAGGAAGUUUUCAGCAUAUGAUUUCAUCCCAUCUCCAAAAUUAAAGCCCUCUCAAGGAAUGCCAGUCAAUGAUGAUUUAUGUUUUAGCAGAAAAAGAGUGUCAAGAAACUUAUUUCAGAAUAGCCGGGAUUAUAACCCAGAUUCUCUUCCUGUAUGUACUGCUGGCAGUACUGGGACUCAUCAGACAAAUGUUUCUGGCAAAUAUGGACAACUUGGAUUUUCACAGAUAUUUGGGAAAACUGGAAGUGUGGAUUCUGACUUACAGUACCUUGGGACAACUAACAAUCAUCAAGAUAAAGUGUAUGCAAGCCUCAAUUUUGCCCCUAAGACACAGCAGACAUUUGGUGGCCAAACAGAACGUACUUCAUCACACUCUGGUCUAAAUCCAAGUCCAGGAGGCUUCAUCCUUCCAUCCUAUCCUCUCUCAUCACCUCGAACUAGUCCAAAGCACACAUCUCUUACUGUAUCUCCAAAGAAGUCUCAGGAUAAUUCCGUUAACUUCUCUAAUUCCUGGCCUCUUAAAAGCUUUGAAGGACUACCAAAGCCAAGUCCCCAGAAAAAGCUUGUCAGCCAAAAAUCAUCGGACCCUCCAGGAGAAAAUUCUCAAGAAAAACUUUCUCCAGUUCAGCUUACACCUGCCUUGGUGAGAUCACCAUCUUCCCGACGAGGCCUAAAUGGAACCAAACCUGUCCCUCCCAUACCAAGAGGAAUCAGCCUUUUGCCUGAUAAAGCUGACUUAAGCACAGUUGGACCCAAAAAGAAAGAGCCUGAUGAUUUUUGGAAGGGUGAAAAAGAUAGUCUUACGAUUGAUCUUUCAGAAUUAGAUAUCAAAGAUAAAGAUUUGGAUCAAGAAGAGAUGCAGAGCUCUCUUAGGUCCCUUCGUAAUAGUGCAGCUAAGAAAAGAGCAAAACUGAGUGGCAGUACUUCUGAUCUUGAAAGCCCUGAUUCAGCAAUUAAGCUCGACUUGAUUAUGGACUCACCAUCUCGAUCUUCCUCUCCAAACAUCAGCUCUUACAGUGAAAGUGGAGUUUACAGCCAAGAAUCAUUGACUUCUUCUCUGUCUACAACUCCCCAGGGGAAGAGAAUAAUGUCAGAUAUAUUUCCAACAUUUGGAAAAAAACCUUGUCCAACAAGACUUUCUUCUGCAAAGAAUAAAAACUCUGAAAUAGACCAAAGCCUCAUUGCAGGGAUUACAACAUCCAAUGUAAGCAUUAUUGGUCAACGUAUGAACUAUGGGUUUGGAUGUGGUGAUUUUGAAGAUGAUAGGUCCCAUGACAUUUCACCUAGUGUUUUCAAAAUACAAAAUAAGGAACACCCAAGAUACUAUAAACAUACAAAAGCAUUUACAGGGUCAUCAUCAAAUUUACAGCAAAUUCCCAGUUUUGACUUCACAUCCACAAAUACCUUCCCAGAAGACUCAGUAGUUGUUGUUGGAAAAGGUGUAUUUGGAAGUCCAAAUUCAGCACCAGCGGCCUGCAGCCAAUCACUAAUACCUUCUGUGGAAAAUGGAGAUACAUUUUCAAUUAAACAAAGCAUUGAACCGCCAUCAGGAAUUUAUGGAAGAGCAGUCCAGCAAAGUAUUCCAUCAUGUAUUGAUAUUGAGAAUGAAAAAGAUAUUAAAAUUUCUAUUUCAAAAUCUACUUAUGACAAGAUGAGACAAAAGAGAAAAGAGGAAAAAGAACUUUUUGACAUUAAAGAUUGUGAAAAGAAGGAACAGAAUUCCUGGGAGCGAAUGAAACAUACAGGAACUGAGAAAAUGACAUCCGAAAGUGAAGCCUCUCCUGGAGCUGUUCCACAGUAUAAAGAAAGGAUGUCUUCUGUCACUCAUAGUCCAGAAAUAAUGGAUACAUCGGAACUACGGCCGUUUUCCAAACCAGAAAUAGCGCUGACAGAAGCCCUUAGGCUUUUAGCUGAUGAAGAUUGGGAGAAGAAAAUUGAAGGACUGAAUUUUAUUAGAUGCUUAGCUGCUUAUCAUUCUGAAAUACUGAAUACAAAGUUACAUGAAACAAAUUUCGCAGUAGUUCAAGAGGUGAAAAAUUUACGCUCUGGAGUUUCUCGUGCUGCUGUGGUCUGUUUAAGUGAUCUUUUCACUUACCUGAAAAAAAGCAUGGAUCAAGAAUUAGAUACUACAGUAAAAGUUCUGUUGCACAAGGCUGGAGAAUCAAAUACAUUUAUAAGAGAAGAUGUUGACAAAGCACUGAGAGCUAUGGUCAGUAAUGUAACUCCUGCACGUGCAGUUGUUUCUCUUAUCAAUGGAGGACAAAGCCAUUUACACAUCGCAGUAAGAAGAUGUACAGCCCAACACUUAUCAGAUGUAGUAGAAUAUAUGGAACCAGAGCGUAUUUUAUCUGGAACAAAGGAUAUGGCUGACCGCAUAUUACCAGCUGCUGCCAGGUUUGCUCAGGACAGUUCACAAGAAACCAGGUACUAUGGUCGGAAGAUGCUUUUCCUUAUGAUGUGUCAUCCAAACUUUGAUAAAAUGCUUGAAAAAUAUGUUCCAUCCAAAGAUUUGCCAUAUAUUAAGGAAUCUGUUAAAAGCUUACGGCAAAAGGGCUUGGGAGAGAUACCACUAGAUACUCCUUCAGCGAAAGGAAGACGAUCUCAUACUGGCACUGUUGGAAAUACAAGGUCAUCAUCUAUUUCUAGAGAUGCUUUUAAUUCAGCUGAAAGACCGCAGAAGAAAAGUUCUGAAUUCUUCCCCAUUGAGGAUGAUUUUAGCUUUGGAUUUUUCAUUAUGGCCUUUAUUAUGUUGAGAGAAGUAACUGAAGUCCGUGACAUCACCAGAAAAUCAGUUCCCCGCAAUUCCUUAGAAAGUGCUGAAUAUAUUAAAGUCAUAACCAGUUUAUUAAAUGCAAAAGACUUCCGUGAUCGUAUUAAUGGGAUUAAGCAGCUUUUAUCAGAUACUGAAAACAAUCAAGAGCUUGUUGUUGGAAACAUUGUGAAGAUCUUUGAUGCUUUUAAAUCUCGACUUCAUGAUUCCAAUAGUAAAGUAAAUCUGGUGGCUCUAGAAACAAUGCACAAAAUGAUUCCUUUGCUUAGAGAUAACUUAUCUCCUAUAAUCAACAUGCUAAUUCCAGCAAUAGUAGAUAACAAUCUGAAUUCUAAGAAUCCAGGCAUCUAUGCUGCUGCCACAAAUGUUAUUCAGGCACUGAGUCAGCAUGUAGACAAUUACUUGCUUCUACAGCCAUUUUGCACAAAAGCUCAGUUUUUAAAUGGAAAAGCAAAACAGGAUAUGACUGAAAAGCUUGCUGAUAUUGUUAUGGAACUUUAUCAAAGGAAGCCCCAUGCCACCGAACAGAAAGUGUUGGUUGUUUUAUGGCAUCUCUUAGGGAACAUGACAAAUAGUGGCUCUUUGCCUGGAGCUGGAGGAAAUAUACGAACAGCCACAGCUAAAUUAUCAAAAGCACUUUUUGCACAAAUGGGCCAGAAUCUAUUAAAUCAGGCUGCAUCUCAACCACCACAUAUCAAAAAGAGUUUAGAAGAAUUGCUUGAUAUGACGAUAUGAAAUGAAUUAUGCAUCUUUGAAAUAUAAUAUGAAGAAAAUUGUUUACAUAAUGACAAAUGGAACUUUUUUAAAGUUACAUUUUCAGUGCCUGCACUUCAUCUAGUAAAUUAAGGCAAUGGUUAUUUGUAUUUGCAGCCAGUGAGUACACAUCUGCCUUCUAUCAACCCUACCAUUUGCACCCAUCACGUAAAAACCUAAAGUAAUUAAUAUAACCCUAAUAUUCAUGAAAUCUGAGGCACAUAGAAUGAAUCCAAUUAUAUUAUUUUUGAGGAAAGUCCUGCUCAUUUGCACUAUUCUAUAGAAAUCACAAUUCAUUGCCCCGUAUGUACAAUUAGAUUUGUAAUUAAAAAUAUACUUUUUAUUAUGUAAUCAUGUUCUGCUAUGUCUCAUUACUCAGCCUUAUUUAAUGAAGUGAAAGAAAAGUCAUUGAACUAUGUUAAUACAAACUAACUUUUGUGUGCUAUUUGUGAAAAACAUGUAUUUCUAAAAUCAGUUCGCUAAUAUGAUUGUGCAGUAUUAGCUUGCUUUUGCUGCUGUGUUAAUGUGAUAUAUUUGCUUACCAUUUGGGUUAAAUCAUCUACAUAAUUGUGAAAUUUAACAAGUUAUAAUGAAGCAUGAUGACCAAAGUUUUAGAAAACACUUAAAACAUUUUAAAUGCACGUUAAAGAAAACGUGUUGAAUGUAACUUCCCUAUUUUUGUGUGCAAACACUAAAUUUUAUUUCUAUAUGUCCCAACAUUUAUAAAGGUGUUAUUUUGCUGCCCAGUUGUGUAAUUCUCAAAAAUAGUGCCAGGUCUUCUAUAGCUUUUCUCAGAAUUCUUGGGCUAUAAGUACUGUAUGCAUCUGAAAAAGAAAAGGAUGUUAUAAAAAUAAAAGGAUUUAUUUCUGUAGAUGUGUGAGAGGUGUCCUAUUUUUCCACCUUCCAGAUAUGUUAAAAUUAAAAAAAAUAUAUUUUAAUAUUGACUUAUUACUUUCACUUGGUAUAAUUGAUAAUAAUACUGACCUAUUUCUAUUGACCUAACAAUAGACCUGGGUUAUAAUUCCAGCUUUAGAGGAAAUGAUCCGUGUGACCUUGGUCAAGUCACUUGCCAGGUCUAGGUCCAGUUUUCUCAUUUCUAAAAUGUGAGGGCUGGAUUAGGUGAUUUUUAAGGUUCUCUCUUGUUCUAAAAUUCUGUGCUUCUGUCGUAGAUUACUCGGUGAUCACUUUAUUACAAUUGUGAACUAUCCUUGUUCUUUUUUACUUCUUAUGUCAUUGACUGGUUUUCUAAUGUAUUUGGCUGCCUUUUAAAUUGUGAUUCUUUGUAUUACUCCAUGACUGCUGAGGGAAUAAAAGGGGUUUUACAACAAUUCGAAGCUAAGCUGAAUGGAAAGUAAAGACUUGGUUACCAUGGAAAGUAAAGACUUGGUUACCUUUUCUGUUUGUAGGUAUUGUUAUAUAUAUAUUCAUAGUUACAUAUAUGCUUUUUAAAAAUGCUUUAUCUUUUCUUCUAAGUGUAUUUUAUGUUUCUAUAGUUUAGGUCUGAAGUUGACAAACCUUCUGUAAAGGACCAAAAAGUAAAUAUUUUUGGCAAGGA